CAUCGCUUCCCAUCCCACAAGCCUUCCAAAACAAUGGUGAGCCUCUUCUCUACCUCGCUCGCGUUCACGAUGCACAACCACGCGCGGCUGAGCAGCCCCGCAUCGGCACGCGCUCCCGUCGUGUCGAUGAAUAGCCUCGAGUACAAAUUCGUCUACGAGCAGGCUGGCUCCAACGCCAAGCCGGCGGGCUAUGGAAAGGGCGACAUGAAAUUUGACAGGCAGACCCCUGCUCCUGCCUAUCCGAAGCGGUCGUGGGCGAGCACGCUCGUGUACGAGUCGGCGGGUGCCAACGCCAAGCCGCUCGGCGACGGCAAGGGCAACUCGCCAGACGCGCCCGCCAAGCCGGCGAUGCCCGCGCAGGUCGCCUACCCGGCGCUGGAGCAGGAGUUUGUUUAUAACUCGGCCGCCGCGCGCGCGACGCCGUUCGGCGACGGGAAGGGCAACGGCCCCGCGACGGCGCUGGUCGGGCAGGUCGUGCCAACCUCGCUCGGCAAGGCCAACUCGCUCGAGUAUGACUUCGUCUAUGAGCAGGCAGCCGCCGCCGCCGCACCGCUCGGCGACGGAAAGGCGAACUAGAGGCCGAGCUGGCCCCCACUCGCCCGCAUGGCCGCCCGCUGCACGCACUUCCGGCCCGCCGCAGCCUCGCCCCGGCUGGGCGGCGAGAGGAGGACAGGCCGGAGCCGGUGCGAGGAGCAGGCGGCAGGAGGGAGGCUCUGCUCCUGGCCCGGCUUCUCUUCGGCGAACGCGGAGCGCGGCAUAAGCCGCCUCCCCCCAGCGCUGCUCUGUACAUGUAGCCAUGCUUCGCUUUGAUGACUGUGUUUCUGCUCCGAUGGGUCUGAGAGCGCUACGUUGUGUGGCCCGCCUGUGUGUUUUUGGGCGGUUGUCGUUGAUGGGGAUCUGUUUGAUCACACUGUCACUGAGCCGAUGCGUCGAGAGUUCCACGGACACUCAGGUUUUGUGUUGUGACGCACACAUGAACUAAUAGUAAAACGUAUGUCAUGCUG